GUACAUACUUAAGUUGUUGUUGGGAUAUUCAGGAAAAUAUCCCAAAAACUUAUCCGGUUAAGUUUAAUGCUACUCUUGAACGUUAAGUGGUGUCACUUCCCUAUUGUUCGUUUCCCUACUAGUCAAUAUUUAUUUCGCGUGUCAUUUCCCCAUUAGUCAAUAUUAUUUCACGUGUUAUCUUUCCCUUGAUCAAUAUUUAUAGUAAUCCUAACUGUAUAAAUAUGCAUUUGUUUGUAAAUCAUUAUUCGGCUCCUGACCCCAUAAACAAUUUUUCAUCUACGGUUCGUGUUCUGUUAUAUUGGAGAUUGGGAACAGUAUUGGGGUCGAACUGGGAUAUCUGAAGCUGGUCAAUCGGUAGAAUUUAGAGUAGCCACCUCGUGAUUCACAAUAGUUGUUCAGUGGUACACGAGACUAGUUAAAAUUAAAAACAUUCGAAUCGAUUAAACUUAUAUUAAAAAUUCAAUAUUAAGCAUAGAUUAGCUAAACACUGAUCACUUUGGUGUAGCCAGUUAAAUCUAAUUACUUUCAACAAUAUGGACUUAGUCAACUACUAACUGAAGUGCAAAGACCAAGCUUAUUUCGGAAAAUAAUGGUAAUUUAUAAAUGAUAUGACAACAUAAAUAUUUCAUAUUUAUAAAUUGAUGUAUGGAUUAAUACCAGUUUAUUUUGAAGUUUAGUGUUUCUUAGCUUGACAAAUGCAUAUCAUUUACCUAACAUUUUUCUAUUUAAUUAGAAAAUAAAAACCGAAGUUAAAUCAUUCAAUCAUUUAAUUUCACCAAUGGAUUCAUCAUCAUUUCAAGAUACACUCAACACUGAUCCAGAAUUAACAUUCGAUGAUUUACCGAUGCCAUUUAAAAUGUUAGGCAAAUUAUUAUGGAGCAUAUUUGAGGAAACAUGGAAUUUAAUUGAAACAAAAGAGAAAUAUAAAAGUCAAAUAAGUCUUGUGAUGUUUGUUGAAGGGUUAUUCAUUCCAAUAAAACAAUAUAACUCGCCAUCCGAUGGUUUAUUAUAUCAUGCACUCAAUGGGAAGAUUUCACCGUGCGGAAAAUAUUUUAUCUCUUUAAAUGAAGAUUCAAUUAAUUCGAAAAUUUGGUUAGAAGUUUAUCGUUUACCAGUAGAUGCAUGGAUGAAAGAAAUUUUACCAGUCGUUCAAGAAUUUCAAAAUGUAAGAACAUUCACAUCAAGUGUGGAAACUUCAACUGAGGAGAUAACCGUUAAUCUGAUCGAACGAAAAUCAUUUUAUGAAAAUCAAUUUCAGCUUAGUUCACCUAUGUUAUUAGGGAGAAUUAAAUAUCCAGUAAUGCCGCCAAGUCCUGCAUGUAAAUCAGUAACAGCAGCACUCAAGCAAGCUAAUGAUAAGGCUAAUCUUUUAAGUUACUCAAAUCUUGGUACUCAUUUGUAUUCCGAUGCAAUUAUUGAAACAAACCAGUUGACAUUCAUCGGACAUCGAAAUUAUCCUUCCUGUUUAACAGCUCUUCCUAAACCACAGCUUGAUGAGAAGAAUUCAGUAUCCGUCCAAGGAUUCACAGAAAGCCCUGAAUCUACGAAACAGAUAUCUGAACCCACAACAGAAAGAAGUCAACCACACUCACCAAGUUCAAUAAAACACCAAACUAGAAAUACAAAAUCUUCUAAACGUAAACAACAGCACAAAGAACAAACAAUAAAUGGACGUAAUAAUAAAAAAGCUGAAAAGCUGAACUCUAAUGUUGAAACUACCGAUGCAUUAUCAAAUAAAGACAACGAUGAAAAGCCAAAAAGGAAGAAUAAAACUAAUAAUAGAAAACAAGAAAUUGAAUUAGAUAUUGAAACAAAUGUAAAAGAUUCGGUUACUGAUGGAACUGAACGAGUAGAUGAUUCAUUGAAAAAAACUCAACAAAAUGAAGAAAUUAGAAGACAGUUAGUAAAAGAUUUAUAUGAAGCACAACCUAAAUGCUAUCCAUAUUUUGAAUUCCUGCCAAUUAGUUUAACCUCUAAUAGUAAACAAUCAGAAAUUUCAUCUUUGACCAAUUUGUCCUACUCUGGAUCGAUUUGUGUUUAUUGGUCCAGAUCAUGUUAUCUUUUCUUUUAUCCUUUAGAUAAAUUCUCUAAAACCGAAGAAGGCGUAAUAGAAGAAAUACGAUAUUUCGGUUCAGAAAUAACUUAUAUUUCAGUUAUCUAUUCUGGUCAUCCCGUCAAUACACAUGAAACGUUCAUUGAUGAUAAAGAAAAUCUGUCAAAGAAGCCAGAUUUAAUUAAUUCAAGAAAUAAUUAUCUGGUGAUCGGUCUUCAAUCUAGAUUAGUUAUAAUUAAACAAUUACAGUCAGGGAGAUACUUACCCCUAUUUUAUACCGAAUUAGGAUCAUUGGUAGAUGCUGGUCUGUUGAUAAGUACCAAAUACAUCAAUCUACUUACUGCAUGUUGUGUAAAUGAGAAUAAACACUCAACCAAGGGUGAUUUGAUAUUACGCAAGAAAUUCACGUUUGAUAUUUAUAAUUUAGAUGAAAAUCAAUUGACGUGGAAAAAAACCGAUAUUGUGGGAAAGAAGAAUUUUCAUUGUCAAGCUAUUACCAUUUUAACCGUAGAUGAUAAUUUCAAUAUUGUUGUCUGUUUAGUCUCAUCGAAGAAUUUGCUCAUUUAUCCCCUGGGUCAUCAACAAAAUUGCCUACAUCACCAACAGUCGGCUAAACAUAAUAUCGAAAUACAUCAGUCAAACCAAGUGAUUGACCGUGAUCUAGAUCAGUUUUGUCAAAGUUCUAUUCAAAUUAGUUUACCUGACCCAUAUGUUAUAAACCUAAACACAGGAACCGUUAGUUUAUUCCCAGAAGUCAAUGAACAAUGGGUAGACAACGUUGAAUUCUACCAUCAACUAUGUUUGACUUCUCGUUCAACAAAAUCAACUACUCAGGAAGGUGAAAAUGACAGUCAUGUGAAUCAUGAAGAAAGAAAAGAAAAAUUAAAUAGAAGACAAGGCAUUUAUCAACUUUGGAUACGAGGAACUAAAAUUGAGCAGGAGAACGAGGAUAGGAUCCAAUCUAAACUAUUUCGUGUUGACUUAGAAUUUAAACCACUUGAAAUUAGAACUGAUUCGUUGGAAUUGAAUAAUGAAGAGAACUAUAAUGAGAUGUCUUCUGAACCACUUCAAAGUUAUUCAAAUAAAUUAUUAAUCAAAAGUUUUUUACAGUUAUUACUUAUCUAUUAUCGAGCAAACAAUUAUCACUCAUGUACAGACUAGCAUUAAUUUAUUAGCCACUGACUCAUUACAAAACUUCAUUGAAGUGUUCAAUUUUCUUUGGAACAAUUUCUGAUGCAAUACAACAAUACAAUUUCUGC